AGGGGUCGGCGGGGGCGCGGGAGUACGCGAGCGGCGGGAUGGGGCAGCAGGUGGGCCGCGUCGGGGAGGCUCCCGGGCUCCAGCAGCCGCAGCCGCGCGGGAUCCGGGGCAGCAGCGCAGCCAGGCCCUCGGGCCGCAGGCGGGACCCGGCGGGGCGUACCGCAGACACCGGCUUCAACGUCUUCACCCAGCACGAUCACUUUGCCAGCUGUGUGGAGGAUGGAUUUGAGGGAGACAAGACUGGAGGCAGUAGUCCAGAAGUUUUGCACCGCCCCUACGGCUCUGACGCUGAAUCUCAGGCACUGAAUGAAGCUAUCAGGUGGAGCUCCAAGGAGAACUUGCUGGGAGCCACUGAGAGUGACCCUAAUCUUUUUGUCGCACUUUAUGACUUUGUGGCAAGUGGUGAUAACACGCUCAGUAUCACUAAAGGUGAAAAACUACGAGUCCUUGGUUACAACCAGAAUGGCGAGUGGAGUGAAGUUCGCUCCAAGAAUGGACAGGGUUGGGUACCAAGCAACUACAUCACUCCAGUGAACAGCCUGGAGAAACAUUCCUGGUACCAUGGACCCGUGUCCCGCAGCGCAGCGGAGUAUCUCCUCAGCAGCCUUAUCAAUGGCAGUUUCCUGGUUCGAGAGAGUGAGAGCAGCCCUGGGCAGCUGUCCAUCUCACUCAGGUAUGAGGGACGUGUGUAUCACUACAGGAUCAAUACCACCACAGACAGCAAGGUGUACGUGACUGCCGAGAGCCGCUUCAGCACCUUGGCAGAGCUUGUCCACCACCACUCGACGGUCGCCGACGGGCUAGUGACCACACUCCACUACCCAGCACCCAAGUGUAACAAGCCGACUGUCUACGGUGUGUCCCCUAUCCAUGACAAAUGGGAAAUGGAACGGACAGAUAUCACCAUGAAGCACAAACUUGGGGGCGGUCAGUAUGGAGAGGUUUAUGUUGGCGUCUGGAAGAAAUACAGCCUUACAGUUGCAGUGAAAACAUUGAAGGAAGACACAAUGGAGGUGGAGGAGUUCCUGAAAGAAGCUGCCGUGAUGAAGGAAAUCAAGCAUCCUAACCUAGUGCAGCUGUUAGGUGUGUGUACCCUGGAGCCGCCCUUCUACAUUGUGACGGAAUACAUGCCGUAUGGGAAUCUGCUUGACUAUCUCCGGGAGUGCAGCCGCGAGGAGGUGACGGCCGUGGUUCUGCUCUACAUGGCCACUCAGAUCUCUUCCGCCAUGGAGUACCUGGAGAAGAAGAAUUUCAUUCAUAGAGAUCUUGCUGCACGGAACUGCCUAGUGGGAGAAAACCACGUGGUAAAAGUGGCUGACUUUGGUUUAAGUAGACUGAUGACUGGAGAUACCUACACUGCUCACGCUGGAGCCAAAUUUCCUAUUAAAUGGACAGCGCCUGAGAGUCUGGCCUACAACACCUUUUCAAUUAAAUCUGACGUCUGGGCUUUUGGAGUACUGUUGUGGGAAAUUGCUACGUAUGGGAUGUCGCCAUAUCCGGGUAUUGAUCUAUCUCAAGUCUAUGACCUGCUGGAAAAGGGAUAUCGAAUGGAACAGCCUGAGGGAUGCCCCCCCAAAGUAUAUGAACUUAUGAGAGCAUGCUGGAAGUGGAGCCCUGCCGACAGGCCGUCUUUUGCUGAAACCCAUCAAGCGUUUGAAACAAUGUUUCAUGACUCCAGCAUCUCUGAAGAGGUGGCUGAGGAGCUUGGGAGAGCUGCCUCCUCGUCAUCUGUGGUUCCAUACCUGCCUCGGUUACCUCUACUUCCUUCCAAGACUCGGACCCUGAAGAAGCAGGGGGAAAACAAAGAGAAUGUAGAUGGGGGUCUUGAUGCCUCCGAGAGCCUGGCGUCCAGCUCAGCACCAGCAGGGUUCAUUAGAAGUGCACAAGCCUCCAGUGGGUCCCCAGCUCUGCCUCGAAAGCAAAGAGAUAAGUCACCUAGCAGCCUCUUAGAAGAUGCCAAAGAGACAUGCUUCACCAGGGAUAGGAAGGGAGGCUUCUUCAGCUCCUUCAUGAAAAAGAGAAAUGCCCCCGCGCCCCCUAAGCGCAGCAGCUCCUUUCGUGAGAUGGAGAACCAGCCCCACAAGAAAUAUGAACUCACGGGUAACUUCUCACCUGUUGCUUCUCUACAGCAUGCUGAUGGGUUCUCUUUCACUCCCGGCCAGCAAGAGUCGAAUCUGGUGCCAGCCAAGUGCUAUGGGGGGAGCUUUGCCCAGAGGAGCCUCUGUACUGACGACAGUGGUGGGGGUGGGGGCAGCGGCACUGCUGGGGGGGGGUGGUCUGGCAUCACAGGCUUCUUUACACCUCGCUUAAUCAAAAAGACACUGGGCUUACGAGCAGGUAAACCCACAGCCAGUGAUGACACUUCCAAGCCUUUCCCAAGGUCAAACUCUACAUCUUCCAUGUCCUCAGGGCUUCCAGAGCAGGAUAGGAUGGCAAUGACCCUUCCCAGGAACUGCCAGAGGUCCAAACUCCAGCUGGAAAGGACAGUGUCCACCUCUUCUCAGCCAGAAGAGAAUGUGGACAGGGCUAAUGACAUGCUUCCAAAAAAAUCUGAGGAAGGUGCUGCUCCAGCCAGGGAGAGACCAAAAGCCAAACUAUUGCCCAGAGGAGCCACAGCUCUUCCCCUGAGAGCCCCUGAUCCAGCCAUCACAGAGAGUGACUCUCCAGGGGUAGGGGUGGCUGGAGUGGCAGCUGCCCCCAAAGGCAAGGAGAGGAAUGGUGGGACGCGACUUGGAGUCGCUGGAGUCCCAGAGGAUGGAGAGCAGCCAGGCUGGUCCUCUCCAGCCAAGGCCAUAGCUGUCCUCCCAACUACCCACAACCACAAAGUGCCCGUCCUUAUCUCACCCACUCUGAAACACACUCCAGCUGAUGUGCAGCUCAUUGGCACAGACUCUCAGGGGAAUAAAUUCAAGCUCUUAUCUGAGCAUCAGGUCACAUCCUCUGGAGACAAGGACCGACCCCGACGGGUAAAACCAAAGUGUGCCCCACCCCCACCACCAGUGAUGAGACUACUGCAGCAUCCAUCCACCUGCUCAGACCCCGAGGAAGAGCCGACUGCCCCGCCUGCAGGACAGCCCACUCCAGAAACCCAGGAGGGAGGAAAAAAGGCAGCUCCAGGGCCAGUGCCCAGUAGUGGGAAACCUGGGAGGCCAGUGAUGCCUCCACCUCAAGUGCCUUUGCCCACAUCUUCCAUCUCGCCAGCCAAAAUGGCCAAUGGCACAGCAGGUACUAAGGUGGCCCUGAGAAAAACCAAACAGGCAGCUGAGAAAAUCUCAGCUGACAAAAUCAGCAAAGAGGCCCUGCUGGAGUGUGCCGACCUACUGUCCAGUGCAAUCACGGAACCUGUGCCCAAUAGCCAACUGGUAGACACUGGGCACCAGCUGCUUGACUACUGCUCAGGGUACGUGGACUGCAUCCCUCAGACUCGAAACAAAUUUGCCUUCCGAGAGGCUGUGAGCAAACUGGAACUUAGCCUACAGGAGCUGCAGGUGUCUUCUACAGCUGCUGGUGUGCCUGGGACAAACCCUGUCCUUAAUAACUUAUUGUCGUGUGUACAGGAAAUUAGUGAUGUGGUGCAGAGGUAGCCAUUGUCAGCCUAGUGGGAAAUGCACACAUAUCUGAGGGGAGAGGGAAAGGGACUCGUUUUCCUGUGUUCUUGUUUUUAAAAAGUGAAAGACUAAUACUUGAGUGUGUUUAUGUGAAGUACCUCAGAUCCCUGAAUUCUCACGUUUACAGGUUCAUCUCAAAAUAGCAAAAAAGGAAAUCCCAUAAGUAGAUAAGUCCAUCUGGUGGAGCGGGGCGGCGUGGACAGAGUUGGAAACUGCACUGGGAAGUAAGGGAGCAUCGUGUGUAUGUCCUAAAGUGCAGCCCCUCCCUGGCUGGACUAGCCUGUGGUGGUCCAUUGGGCUGUCUCUGUUGUUCUGUAGAUGAAAUGGGCCUUGACCUGGCAGGUCCUGGGGGUGAUUGUGCUUCAGUUCACCACUCAAAUUCGAGGAGCAGGAAAAAGCAGAGUGAGGGAUAUAGCAGAUGUCUUACUCAAGGCUGUUGGAAGUGGCUGUUGGACUUGCUUCCAUGGGUCAUUGCUGCUGUAGCAAGAACUGCAGAUUCGAUUGCUAGAAUACUAAGCUGAGAAACGUGGCCCUUUCCAUCUGCUUUUGUCCUGUUUACCAUGGGUGCAUUAGUGGGUGCAGGAAGUACAGAAUUCGAGGGACAUUUAGUCAGAUUGACACCUCUAAAACUCUUGGGGUGGUUAGCAGUCACCCCUCCCACUCUUCUAGUAUGUCACUUCCUAAUGGACCAGUGUCCACUUGCUGCUUGGUGGCUCUCUGUAAACCACGGGCACAGCGGGGCUUCUUAGUGCUUCUUCUCUGUCCCUUGCUGGGCAGGCUGUCUUCCUUUAUUUCUGACAGCAUUCAGGGCAUUACCCAGCGUCAAUGUUGAAAAUAGUGGUCACUACAGGUUCUCAUAGGGGAGACCCCCUGCCCCUGAAUACUGACAGGAUGGCCACUUGAGCAGCUAUGUAUACUCCUUUUUUCAUUAAAUACCAAGGAGAUGCAGUACCUUUUUGGGACUGGCUGGGCCCAGAGGCCUGAGACUGAGAAGAGAAGCUUGCUUGAUCCACAUGGCUACUUGCACCUUCCCCUUCCCUUAGUCCCACACUAAUCUGGGUGGACAGUGGUCUGAGAAGGCCUUUCACUAAGGGCUUGCCUCCACAGUAUUCUCACCUUCUCUUUCUCUGCUCACGGAACACGCCACCCCCUUGUCGAACUUGGUGGAGUCUGCUGGGAAUAUAUAUAUGUGUUGGGUUAUUUAUUUUGGUCUUUCACCUCUAUUUUAAGAGUGCAUUAUAGAAGGAGUGGGUUAUUUUCAGGGAGCACCAGUUAGACUAAAAAAACCUAAGGCUUUAACCUGCAAAUAGGUUUUGCCUUUGAAAAAUAGGCAUUUCCCUUCCUUAAUUACAGUUAUGGAAGCUAAUAGGGUAACAUGGAAUAGAAACUUAAUAGGAUACAAAUUGUUAAUGGUUUUGGUACUGGGUCUAAUUUUAGUUUGUUGUUGUUGUUGUUGUUGUUUUUUAACUUUGUGAACACCCCUUUCAUUCCCCAAAGAGAACCUAAUACAAAACAUCUUUUUUUUUUUUUUUUUUUUUUUUUCUUCCAAAAGAGUAUUAUUUAGGAAGAUGGGCAUUCAGCACUGAGCCAUGUUUUCUUCCUGGCUGUCAUUGAUCCACCAUCAAGUAGCCGCCCCAUCUUUUGAUCUAUUAAUUGAAGGCAAUAGCCCUCACUCUCAAGAGUGUUUUGCAGACUAAUAUGCAGCUCCCUUUGAGAGCCUCUCUGGAGAGCUCUUUACUUAGUGUUGCUACAUUGAGUCGCUUCUCAUUCUCUCUGCUGAAUCACAACUAGGAAACUUUAGAACUGCUGUGCUUACAGUAACGGGGCCAGAAUCCUAAGGGGAAGCUAGUUCAGCUUGCAUUUGGCAUCCUUGACCAAGGAAGAAAUUUAGUUUUCAUUAGAAAGAAAGGCAAUUUGGAUACUUUUCACUGCUGCUCAAAGAAGGCUCAGGGUAAGAGGAGGUUUGGAGUGGAGGAGAAGGCUCCUGCAGGUGUUAGUGUUCCCAGCUGUGGUCUGGGUCUGCACAGCAGGGAUCAGGUCACUGGCCUUCUGGUAGCUGGAAGCGAAUUUUCCCACCACCUCCUUCUUCACCACUCCCCACCAUCCUGUGCUCCCGUAAACUUGAAUCUCUUAGCAGUUAGCCUUGUAUAGGUGGGGAGGAGAAAGCUAAAAUUGGAGGCCAUUAUUAAUGCUACUUUUAAAGUUUAUCCCUGCCAUAAUGGGAUGUCAUAAGAGAUGAUUGUUGUUUUCAGGUUUUGGGUCUUGUUUUGUUUGUUGGUUGGUUGUUUGAUUUUCCCUUCAGAGUUCUGAAAACAGACUUGGAGAAACACUACUGAGUAUCUCAGCUCCCUUCUUUUCUCAGUCUGAGGGACUAAGUCAAGGCCAAGUCUCACUGAGGGCAGGCAGCACAGAUCUGUCCUGCUUCAAGUGGGUCAUCACAAAAUCCCUGAGUUGAACUGACCUUUUUCUCAACACAGUCACGAGUAGCGUUAACUGUUGUAGCACACUCCACAUGAUACGUGGGCUGCGUAGCUUUCAGGGAUUGGGCCCCACAGCACAGAGGCACUGUCAACUUGCUAUGAAAGAAUUGUUUAGGGUUUUUUUUUUCCUUUUUUCUUUUAUCUACCUGCAAGGGACCAGCUUAAAAUUAAAAAUAAAAAAUAAAAAAAAAGUCAGUAAAUUAAAAGGUUUGAAUCUAAAGCAGAGAAAACUGCUUUUAGAAACUAAAAACUGUAACUUAACUUUCUGUAGCCUGGAAAGAAAGCAGAUGGCAUUUCCUGCAGUCAUGUGAUGCAUGCUUGGCUUGCCACAGCUUCAUCACGUUCCUGUACGAGUCGUGUGCUUUCAGUUGCAUUUCCCACCUUUAAGUGCUGCGUUCUGUAUUGAAUGUAUCCUCAUUAUGCUUUACAGGAAGCUUUUGGGUUUCAAGCUUUGGCUACAAUAUUAUUUUACAGUUUCAGAUGAUUCCCAUCAUGACGUUCAGAGAGAGAGCGAGAGACCUUAAAAUGGGCCCUUCUUAAAAGCUGUGUUUUGUAGUGAAUUGAACUGAAUUGAACAUGAUGCACCAGGCUGUGAUCUGUCAUCUGAGACACUGAUUGGUCAUUUUCUGGAUGGCCUCUGUAUAAGGUCGUCAUAGUGGAGACUAGUUCACAGCAGCAUUUUCAGGUUUCAGUUAGAAGUGUUCCCACCCUUAGUUGACGAUCGGCUGGUAAAAACGUUUCUUGUUAUUUUGAAGACAGUGGGGUUUUGAGUUCAGAGGACACAGCAAUGUCAGUAGUGUGAGGUGAUGUUUAUAGAGUAGGUAGCUCAGGUGCCUGGUGCACACUCAACACUCCAUGAACGUUAACUCCUAGUGUUCACUCCUAACCCGGGAGCACACAAUAGUCCUCUAGAGGUUUUUAAAGGGAAACUGAUAAAUUAGUCCCACUCUAUAUUGGAAUUCUCAAUGCGGUGAGAGAGUAGCCUGUGUGUUUCCCAAGAACUUCUCCAAGUUUCAAACACUCAGCACUAUCUGAACAGAACAUUAUUUGUGCCCUUUUCUGUAGAGAAGAAGAAACUAGAGAGGGUGUUGUCACUAGUCCGUUAUCUUGAGCAGUCCGUGGCAGAGCUGAGGCUAGAAUUCAGGAGUCCUGACAUUGUGGCGUUUCUCCACCACACCUGCGGCAGCCUUGUGAGAUGCCAAGGCCAUAGACAAUCAGUGUACAUGGUGCUGCACACUUCUAAAGCACAGGCUCUCAUGGGCCCUGGCUAGCAAGGGCUUGGAUGUUGAGUAACAGUGUAGCCAAACAAGCCUUUAGUAGAAGUUGGUUAUGAAGCAAGCAUAUCGCUAUUCUUCUAGACUUCAGCCACGCAGAAACCUGCACUUUGUAGUUUAAAAUACCAAUUUGAGUUGUUUCAAAACAAAAAGAGAAGAAAACCAGUCCCUACAUUCCUUUUUUGUUCAAAAAGAAAUUUAUUGUUGUGUCAUUUUAAUGACUAUGGGAUAGUGGGAAAGAACCUGGAGAAAUAAAUGCAAUCCAAUUAUAAAGUUGGAUGAUGAAUACCUGUAGAGAAUCCCCUCUGUAGUUUGCUACAGAGUUAUAUAUGAAACUGCUAAAUGAAUCUGUAGAGAUACUGCAAAUGUUUGCUAAUAAUGCAGAGCUGAGGAACUUGGGAAAAUUGGGGACCAGGUUUUUGGUUUCCUUCUCUUUAAGAGGUAGUAAAGUGGUGGCAUGUAAUCCUAGCAGAGAAGAAGCUGAGCCAAGAGCAUCUCAAGUUCCUGACGAACCUGGGCUACAGAACGAGACUUGAAGGAGGGUGGGCUAGUCCCUUGGAGCCCAAAAGCUUGUCUGGGCCCUUGACUGGAAAGUGAAGGCCCUCUUUCUUCUGAUCAGUCAUCUAGUACAUGCUCAACUAGUGUCCUUGCUGUGGUCAGAGCAGACUCAUUUUCUGUUCGUGUUGACAGUAUCUUUUUAAAAAUAAUGUCCUGGGGGCUUGUGGGUAGAGAACUGAUGUACUUGGAGAAUUUCUAGAAUUUCUCUACCAGUUAUAAAUGACAUUGACAUUUAUCAUCUCUUUAAAAAAAAAAAAAAGGUAGCUGGGCUAAACUCACCUAUUAGAUAAUUAUAUACUCAAGUAAAUCAUGUGGAGGCAGGCAGCUUCCAUGCAGCUGCACUCUAUGCUGACCCCCUGUAUUUCUUAGUAAAUCAUGUGGAGGUGACCACAUGCAGCUGCACUCUAUGCUGACCCCCCUAUGUUUGUCUGUCUUUGCUGGUGAUAUCACUGUCAUCGUUAGGCCGUGUCUUGCAGGGGAGUCGAUACUGGGUUGACAGAGUCAUCUUUAUUUCUGUUCUUAAUGAUCGGUUUCAUCCUCUUGCAUGCAUUAACUUGCUUCUCCUGGAUCUGGGACCCAUUCUUAUGCCCUCAGCAUCUGCUAUGGCCAGUACUUUUUAUAUUUCCUAUCAGCUGCCCUAGCUUCGUCAAGUUGGUAGCCCAGUUCUUUGAAAAAUGCCUGUUUGGGUUUUGUUAGGCGUGCAGGAGCCUAGAGCAGGCAGUUCCAAGGGAACCUGUGCACAGACCGGCGGAGGCAGCCCCAAGGUUCCUGUGGCUUCCAUGCGGCGGCGAGCAUUGCCUUCCGAACAGAGAGGCAAGGCCUUGGGAUGCUUCUAGAACUUGGCCCACUCCUACUGUCUCAUGCAGAGUUCCAGUUUUCCAGCUUAGGGGUCAGAAGUGCUUGGAGUUCCGUCACCUGCACUAGUCAGCACAGCACAGCACAGCGGCCCAACUUCUCUGCUGUGGCCUGUGGUCGGUCCCACUACCGAGGAAGCUGGCUUGGUUCACCCUGCUCAGGAGCAUUGGCAGCUGAUUCUUGGCUCCAGCUUGUCUUUAUAAGGCUGCUGCUUUCCAUGCCAUGUGUGUGUCCCAUCUUGACUGUGUGUGCGAUGAUAACUCUUUUCUUUUGGACUAGUUCCCCACGUGACCCAGGAGGCCCCUGUGCUGUUUCCUGGAUAAGGUCUGGGGCAGUUUAUCUUGAUUAGAAGCUGAUAGUGGCAGAGGUCGUGCUCAGAGGUUUGUGCCUUCACAGAUGGGUUCCUGAGUACUGUUGGGAGAAAUACUUGCCUGCGGGACUGGUGUGUGUAACUGUUGAACUAGAUCUGCUUGAAACAGGCUUCACCAGGGCCCCAAGUCCUUGUCAGUUCAGAAGACCCCUCCUUCCCGGGUAAAAUGCCAGCUGGUAAAUUGCUGCCUCACCUUUCUCAGCCCUUGUGAUGAGCUGAGGGAAGGAGACCCCCUUCCAGACCCAUCCUCCCUCCACACACACUUCCUUUGCUCCAUGUACACCUAUAAAUCAGACUAUUCACCCUCCUGGAUAAUAAUCAUCUCGAUUUCCCUGGUGCUGAUAAAUCUGAACACAGUAGCAGAACCCUGUCAGCCAGAGAGGACAGGUGGCACACUGGGUCUGCACACCUGCCACCAUCUAAGGGGAAAGGAAGUAAUGUCCACUUCUCCUCAGACGAUAGCAUCUUUAGGGAAGAAUGGAGCUGUUCUGUGGGUCCUGAGUUACUCAGCUCUUCCCAGAGUACGGACCCUGAUCCUUUAGGACAUGGGAGAGGCAUUGUCAAAUGCUAACAAGUUAGUAAAGGAAUUAGAGAGUUUUGUGGGUACAACUUGCUUGGGCUUGUUUCUGAGGCCCUGAAUAGGAGUUGAACAUCUUGUUUUUAGGGACCAUACAAUUUAGUGGCGAGUAGGAUUUAAUAAAAAUUUCACUUACAUAGGUUCUUAUUUUCAGCAGUUAUAAGUUUAUUGUUGAAUCAGAGACUACUGCAGAAGGCCGCAAUGCUUCAGGGUCAUUAGUUCCCCACAUUAUGCCUGGUAUUCUUAAGACCCAUGCUGUCUGUGUGUUGUGAAUGGUAAGAGUGCUACUGGUCAGGGCCAGGGGAACCAGCAUUCUUCCAUCUCCACGGCUACCUUCCACUAAUACCACCUCAACUCCAUCAUGAGAAGUGUUUGCUGAGACCUUGAGAACUGACCUUCAGGAAAAUGAAUCUUCAGAAACUAAUGAGAAGGGGAGGUACUGGCCCCCGGGCUCCUGAUUCCCUCUUUGAGGCAGCGGCAGUCAUGCAGUGAGCGUGCUGCCCUGCACAGCUCCAGCCACACUGCACGCACAAAGCCGUCCCUCCUGACCUGCACUUUCUUUCUUGCAAUCGGAUUCCGUAAUGACUAUCAGUGGAGAAACCCCAUUUUGUGCUUGCUUGGUAAAAGUAAAUUGGAACGUUUUAUGGUGGUUGAUAGAUAGCCUUUGUCCUAAAACUUGCUAAUUCAGAUUAUUUCAAACCCUAGUGUUUAUACCAAAGGUUACACUGCAGGCGUAGGUGAUGCACAGGGGGGAGCCCACGGUGGGCCCUGUGUGCAUCGCCCAGGGGACACAGUGCCCAGUGAGACCACGUGGGAUCGGUCAUGGGCACACUACCGCUGUGGUCGAGUGUUUGUUCCAAUGGUCACUGUAAUAGAUUUUCUGUAGUUUUUCUAAGUUAAUCCUCUCACUCUGGUGUCUGACUGUGAACUGCUAACAGUGUUAAACUUGAUGUAAAUAAACGACGCCCUUGGCGGGGACUGCUUCCUGUCGCAUCUCA